AUGCAAAAUAUGUUACGCUUAAAGCAAAAUUUUAAUAAACUGUCAACUUCGGAAUUUAACAAUUUAUCACUAAAGUUUGAAUUCUUGUUGACAUCGCUUAAAGUUUACUUACAAAUUGCAGUAAUUGAGUUCAUUAUUAUCAACUCCAAAAUUUCAAGUUCGUACGAUAUCGUUGCAAUGACACCUCAUGAUCAAAACACUCAAGAAACACUUGAAGUUGAUUAG